AUGUAUAAACUACCAAAUGAUCCAUCGGAAAAUAGUGGACAAAUGUUAACCGAAGAAAUGGUUACACGAUAUUUAGCACGUAAACCAAAUUUUGUUAAACGAUGGUUUAAAGAUAAUGCUACCAAUGAUUUAUUAAACGAUUGUAUUCGUUUAAAAGAACAAAAUGAAUUUUUAACAAAACCACGUGCAUCAAUUACACAUGAAAUGUUUAAUAAUAUAAUUCAAGGACAUGUUUCAAAUCGUCCAAUCUCGUCGACAAAUUCUCAAAUUGUUGAUUACAUGCAUUUAAACGAAAAUGAACUUUUUUUUGAAUUGAUACGUGACAUAUCAAAUGAAUUGAAUGUUGAUGUUGUUUGCCAUAAGAUUUUAACAAAUGUUUCAAUACUAACAAAUUCUGAUCGUGGAAGUUUAUUUUUAGCAUGUGGCUCAAAAAAUGCUCGAUUUCUUGUUUCAAAAUUAUUUGAUGUAACAGCUGGUUCAACACUGGAACAAUCACUUCAUAAAGAAGAUCAACAAAUUAUUAUUCCAUUUGGAAAAGGUAUUGCUGGACAUGUUGCUUCAACAAAAGAAUUUAUUAAUAUUCCUGACGCUUAUGAGGUAAUCAUAAUCUUUCAAUUUUAA